GUGACGUCACGCACCACGAGGCCAACAUGGCGGCGACGCUGGGCAGAAGCUUCAUUGAGGUCUGCGCAUUUGAACGGGAAGCUGUUCAGCGGUUCCGAGAAGUCGAAAUCAAGUUUGCUUCAGCACCUCCCGCAGGAGCUGUGAAAUUUCCAGAUGCAGCCGGAGCCUUCCACUAUGCCGACGGCGGCGACAAACUGCACUCCAUCACCAGCAACAGAUUCAUCUCAUGGAGCACGUCGGGCGACGCGGUGCAGUUGGUGGAGCACUCAUUGGAUGGCAACCUGUUAAACAACGCCGUGCGGCUGCGCUUUGCCAACUGCCAGGUGGUGCCAGGGGGCGUGGCCGUGGUCGAGACCCUCAACAACGUGGUCCUCCUGGUCGCCACCAAUCAGAGCGUCCAUAGGAUGCUGCUGCCGCACCCAAAGCCCGUGUAUCGCAACGACGCAAUGACGGAGCUCCACAUGCAGUCAGUGCUGACGGACUUGAUCAAGUUAAACCUGGACGACUCCUGCCACAGCGCCGCCAUCCCCGCCACGCUCACCCCCGCCGGCGGUGCCGCAGGGGUGAGCGCCGUGUGGCUCACGCAGCACGGAGACGCCAACUACGCCUUGGCCUCACCUGCAGGGGGCGUCGUGGUUGUCACACAGCCCGCGAAGGCGCGGCAAGGCGAGUGCUUUGUGUCGGAGCUGAAGACAAGUUGGGUGAUGCGGCGUCUGUCAGGGUGGAUCCCGAGCGCCAUGCGCGGCGAGCAGAGCGACGACGUGGCAAGCUUGGCGGUGCGAGAGCUGGACGACGACUCGCUGGUCUUGGCCAUGUGCCAGGACCAUAAACUGCGCAUGUGGUCCCUUCGGGAUCAGACGUGUGUGCUGGAGGUGGACAUGUUGGAGUACAUGCCGGUGGCGUGGAAGGGUGGCGGGCGGUGGUCAGGCGCGGGCCACCGCCUGCGCCUGACCUCUUGCUCAGCCUCGGGCCUGUGCCUGGCCGUGUACCUGGCGGUGCCCCACAGACGGCAGUUUGUGGUACUGCAGCUGCUGCCGGCCGACACCAACCGCUACAGCGUGGAGCGCAUCUCCUUGCUCUUCUGCACUCAGGAGACGCUGGUAGACUUUGUGCUGACCUCCACCGACAUUUGGGCCCUGUGGCUGGACGACGACGACAACGCCGUCGUCAAAUGCAUCAACUUUGAACAGAACGUGUCGGGUCAGUGGAAUCAGGUCUUUGUUCAGCCUCGCCCGGAGGAGGAGGUCCUCGUCGGCAUGGAUCAGGACCCCCGAGAGACUUACUUGGACGUCAUCUUCUCGCCGCUUCGCUUCACGGCGGCGGCAAUCGUCAAAGCCCUGCAGAUCUUUCGCCGAGGCGCCGACAUCCUCCCCGACGCCUCGUGGGAAGGACUGAGGAAGGAAGUCACGCUGGCCGUGGAGAACAAGCUCCAGAGCAGCGUGACGGAGUUUGAGUUCUCCCAGGACGAAUAUCGCCACCUUCAGGUGGAAUUUUGGUCCAAGUUUUACGCGUGCUGUCUUCAGUACCAGGAGGUUCUGGCCACGCCGCUCGCCAUCAGCGUCAGUCCUCACAGUCACAUGGCGUGCCUGCUCAAGAAGGGUUUCCUUUCCUUCCUGUUGCCUUGUUUCGCCGUUGACCAGCUCUACCUGUCCUCCGACGACCAAUUCUUGACUGAAGACGACGUGCCUUUCGUCGACGAGGCGGACAAGGCCGCGCUGAUGUCGUGUUUGCGUGUGCUGAGGGACGGCGUGUCCUCGGAGAUGGCGCACGACAUGGAGAGCGCGCUCCAACAUGCCGAGUCGCCGGAGAGGAGCGCCAAGCUGGUUCUGGACAAAAUGCUGGCGCAGGACAACAUGAUCGAGGACAUCCAGAACAAACUGCAAGAUGUUUGCAACCUGACGGCGGCCGUGUUGGGUCUUCUCAAAGAGGUGGAUCUAGAGACGGACUUGGACUUUGGAGAUGGUCCACUUUUACCGGGCGAAAGCAUGAGCGUGCGUGUGAGCGCGUCUCAGUUAUACUCGAGCACCACCGCUGUGUCGCUGAUGUGUCAAGCGCUGAGUGAUGUGAGCGCCACGCGGACGCUCCUCUGCAGGGACGUGCUGCUCCUCCUCAAACUCUGCCUACGGCUCGGCGAACACGUGUUGCCAGGCGGAGCGUCUCAGCUACUCCGGAUCCAACAGGAAUUGAUCCCACUGGCGUCUCAACUAUUGUCCUCCUAUUUCGUGCUCAAGCACUUCAGUCGAAGCGUUGGCGUGCAGGUCGCCGACGACGCCGUAGACGCCAACCUGCAGCACCUCAGCGCCUUACACCUCAGCGACGCCCCCGCGCUCACCGGCAGCGCUGCAGCGGCCAGUCACCAGUCGUCGGUGGAGAUGUUCUACCAGAGUUGCGGCCGCAAGCUGGCCAUCCGACACCUCUUCUCCCGGAUGGCAGACGGCGUCGCCGUCACCUGGAACGACUCGAUGGCCAUCGUCCUACAGGCGCUCGCUCAGCUGCUCUGGCCCAGCAAUUCCACCUUCCACUUCCCAGAAUGCCUGAUGGCCAACUGUCAGUACACUCACCUGCAGGACUACGUGCGUCUGAUUGGUUCCUGGUGUCAAGUGAACGUCGGCUCCUCCCGCUUCAUGUUAGCUCAAUGCUACCUUGCCAACGGCGAGGGUCACAAGGCCUUGCGGUGCUUCCAGGAAGCCGCCUCUGAGGUGGAAAAGGAAGACUUUCUCAUCAAAUUGUCGGGUGUCGAAGACGAGCAGGCCGCCGCCUGCUCGCCCACCUUGCGCUACUAUAACAAGGUGCUGCGUCUGCUGGAGGAUGUCGGGCUACCAGAACUUGUGAUCCAGUUAGCCACCUUAGCGUUAGCCGAGGCCGUCUAUGAUGUCAGCAGUCAGGCGGCCUUGUGGACCAGAAUCUUCAAGCAUCAUUUGGACCUGGGACACAACAACGAAGCUUAUGAGGCUUUGAUCCAGAACCCGGACUCCAGCAUGCAGCUGGACUGUCUCCGUCAGCUGGUGGUGGUUCUGUGCGAGCGGGCUCAGCUGCACGACCUGGUCCACUUCUCCUACGUCAAUCUGCACGAUGAGGUGGUCGGAAUCAUCGAAUCGCGUGCGAGAGGCGUCGACCUUCUCACGCACAACUACUACGAACUCCUCUACGCCUUUCACAUCAACAGACACAACUACAGGAAAGCGGGCACGGUGAUGCUGGAGCUGGCCAUGCGUUUAGGUCGCGAGGUGUGUUCGGUGCGUGGGCUGAAGAAACAGGUGAACUGCUUCCUGGCCGCCAUCAACUGUCUGCGCCUCAUCCGGCCUGAGUACGCGUGGAUGGUUCUGCCCGUCCCGGAGUCUGAGCGUCCGGGAGCGUCACCCAAACGAAACUCGGACGGUGAUGUUGUGAGCCCCCCAGUUAAGCGUCAAGUAGAGAUUUUGGAGCUGCGCGACCUGGAGAAAGAAUUCAUGAUUGCCACCUGUCGACUGGCACUAGCGCAACAUCAGCCGCAGGCGGCCACCGUCGCAGGCGGCGCCGGUCCGCACGAACUGGUGCGCCUCCUGCUGGACGCCGGGCUCUUCAUGUGCGCCCGGCAGCUGUGCAACGUCUUCAAGCUGCCGCUAGCGCCGCUCUUUGACGCGCUGACCUUCAGGUGCAUCAAGCUUCAGUUUGGUGGCGAGGAGGCUCAAAACGAGGCCUGGCUGUGGUUGGCCGCCAAUCAGCUCUCGUCCGUGGUCAACACCAAAGAGUCCAGUGCCGUAGACGAGGCAUGGCGCCUCCUGUUCUGGUUCCUUUCGGAGUUCCCGUCAUCCGACGGCCUUCACCACCGCCAAGUUCUGGUCAAGCUGCUGUCACACGGCGUGCCGCCACCCGAUUGGCUGGUCAAGUCCUACAAAGAGGUGGAUGCGGCAGCAUUGCUGCGUGUCUUUUUGAACUUUGACCUGCUAGACGAAGCAGCCGAACUGGUGAUUGAGUACGUUGACGCUCUGCUGGGACGCGGACACCAAUACUUUGGCAUCAAGACGCCGCUGUCGGCGCGCAAUCCGAGCGUGUGGCUGCCAUACACGCCCAUUGAUCAGCUGAUGGCGGCACUCAAGGACACGAGGAGCAACCAAGGCCUUUACGAGCGACUUGCGGACAAACUGGCCGACUACCACAAGAUGGUGGCGAACGCCACCAGGAUAACGCUGGCCACUCGUUAAUCUUUUUCAUGUAAAUACGACCUUUUUUGAUAUCAUGAGAAAAAUAAAUUACAUUGUGAAAGUGA